GACUUCCAUUUCAUCACAAAAACAAUCCAACCUCUUCUCUUUUAUCUAUUAUAUUUCAUUUAUCAAUUCUUCUAUAAUUUUAUAUUUUUUUUAUAUCAAUUCUUCCAUAAUAAUAAACAAUAAAAAAAAUAUCCAACCUCUUCGGCUGGUUUAAUUAAUUGAGUCGCCUCUUGUGGGCUUGUUUCAACCAAAAAAAAAAAAAAAGAAAAAAAAAUGCUGAAAAUAUCGACCUCUAGUUUCAACAAAACCCUACCAUUGUUUUCAUUGUCCAAACCCUUUGUUAUCCCAAAUGGAGCAUUAUUAUUUGGGAAGCAGGUUUAUUGCCUCAAUAGUGAUGCUGCUGCUGUAACUAGGCCUCGGCGCCAAAGCCGAGGGCGAAAUGGGGUGGAAGUUAGGGCAGUAGCAUCAAGAUUAGGUACCAUAUAUCCUGUUAAACUAGCUGAGAGUGUUACGGUUACCGUCUCAGCAGAAUUACCUAUUGGUCAAGCACUUGAAGAUUGGUUGUUUCAUGAAAAAGUCUUCUAUUUAAUGCUUACGGAUAAUGAUGGCAAAGAGCUUGGAGAAUACGCUUAUCAUAUCAAGAUUUCUAACGAGGCGGAAUUUAAUGCAAAUUUUAAUAUUCCGGAAGAUUUUGGUGAGGUGGGUGCUAUAAGUAUUACAAAUGAACAGAAGACAGAGGUAUUCAUCAAAAAUAUUGUCCUUGACUUGCGUUCUGGCAAAUCUGAAUUUACUUGCAAUUCAUGGGUAGCUUCCAAAAAUGACGAUCCUCAACCAAGGGUCUUCUUCUCUAACAAGUCAUACUUGCCAUCACAAACACCAAAAGGAUUGGUGAAGCUGAGGAAGGAUGAUCUUCUUCAAUUGAGAGGAUAUGGAGAGGAACAAGAAGAGCGCAAAAGCUUUCAGAGGAUAUACGACUAUGAUACUUACGAUGACCUUGGAGAUCCCGAAAAAAGUCUAAAGUUAUUAAGACCAGUAUUGGGUGGUAAUGAACACCCUUACCCAAGACGUUGUAGAACAGGACGUGAAAAAAUUACUAUUGAAGGCCAAACUUUUGAGACCCGAUUGGAUAAAGGUUCACCGUAUGUGCCUAUAAAUGAAAAUUUCUCAAAGUCAAAGGAGGCACAAUUCAAGUUCAAGACAAUUUACUCGAUGUUGCAUGCAGUUAUACCAACAAUAAAGGAGAAAGUAUUCGCAACUCCAAAUUCUCGUUUUCCAUUCUUUACUUCCAUUGAUUUGCUCUACAAUGAAGGAAUUAACCUACCCGUCAACAAUGAAUACCUUGGAGAUGGAAGCACCGCACUAGAAUGGCUUCAUCGCAUCAUCAAAGCUACCGGUGACCUUAAGUACAAAAUUCUACGUUUCGAGCUCCCCGAGACAUUUAAACGGAAUAGAUUUUCUUGGUUAAGUGAUGAAGAAUUCGGUCGCCAAACUCUUGCUGGCAUGAAUCCUUUGAGCAUCAAGCGUGUCACGAAUUGGCCAAUAAUGAGUAACCUAGAUCCUAAAAUUUACGGCAACCCAGAAUCAGCUUUAACAACUGCACUGGUGGACACACAAAUAAAUAUCAUGACUGUUGAAGAGGCUAUAAAAGAGAAGAGGUUGUUUAUAAUAGAUUACCAUGAUGCAUUGUUGCCGUUUGUGAACAAAGUCAGGAAGCUUGAAAACACGACAUUGUAUGGAUCACGAACUUUGUUUUUCCUAGAUGAUGAGCAACAAACACUAAAACCUCUAGCUAUUGAGUUAACGCGGCCUCCAAAUGAUUUAAAGCCUCAAUGGAAGGAAGUUUAUACACCAGGAACAUGUGCUACUUCCGAAUGGCUUUGGAAGCUUGCCAAGGUUCAUGCCCUUGCAAAUGACACUGGUUACCAUCAACUAAUCAGCCACUGGCUUAGAACACAUUGUUGCACGGAACCAUACAUAAUUGCUACACAUAGAUGCUUGAGUGCAAUGCACCCCAUAUAUAAGUUAUUGCUUUCUCAUUGCCGAUACACCAUGGAGAUUAACGCUCUUGCUCGACAAAAUUUAAUUAACGCGGGUGGUAUCAUUGAGACAACCUUUUCACCAGGGGAGUACUCCUUAGAGUUGAGCUCUUACAUUUAUGACAUUGCAUGGCGCUUCGAUCAUGAAGCCAUACCAGCUGACCUUAUAAGCAGAGGGAUGGCUAUUGAAGAUCCAUUAGAACCACAUGGAAUAAAGCUAGUAAUAGAUGACUAUCCAUAUGCAAAAGACGGGCUAGACAUGUGGGCUAUAAUCGAAGAAUGGGUUACUACCUACGUGAACCACUACUACACAAUUCCGAGUAUGGUAGAAUCAGAUAAAGAGCUUCAAAAUUGGUGGACAGAAGUAAGAACAAAAGGGCAUGCUGACAAGAAAGAUGAACCGUGGUGGCCGAAACUUAAAACACAAGAUGAUCUGAUUUACAUUGUCAGCACCAUAAUAUGGGUAGCUGCAGGGCACCACUCAGCUGUUAACUUUGGACAAUAUCCCUACGGCGGCUACUUCCCUAACAGGCCUACAAUCGCUAGGACUACGAUGCCUACUGAAGAUCCCGUUGAUAACGUGAUGGAGUCUUUCAUUGAAAAGCCUGAGGACACGCUCCUUCGAUGCUUCCCAUCUGAAAUGCAAGCUGCGACUGUUAUGGCGGUUUUAGAUUUACUCUCAGCUCAUUCUCCGGAUGAGGAAUACUUGGGCACUAUCCCGGAACCAUCAUGGAAGGAAGAUCCCGAGAUAAUGGAAGCUUUUGAUAAGUUUGAUUCAAAGUUGAAGGUGUUAGACGAUGAAAUUGAUAAAAGGAAUGCUAACAAAGAUUUGAAGAAUAGAAAUGGAGUUGGUGUUAUGCCUUAUGAGCUAUUGAAGCGUACUUCUGAACGUGGUGUCACUGGUAAAGGAGUUCCAAACAGCAUCUCCAUUUGAGAAAUACAAAACCAGUUUUUUAUCCAUUGUAUGAAUUGAUGAAUAAAAUUACCUGAGAGAAUAAAGUUACUAUUUAUUUUUAAAUUUUAACAUAUCAUUAAUGUAAUCCUGUAUUAUGGAUGGAAGUCGGAUGAUAUGGAAUAAAUCUUGGCUAUAAAAUCAAUAACUUAUAUAAUAAUGUUGUUCAUCUUAUUUCUUCAAAUACAGAUGAUUGCACGUUAAUUAUUAGUACUUUUAUUUUUCAUGAAUAAAAGAGCAACUUUUGUUGACAUUGUAAA